AUGGGUCAAGACGGCUCGCCGGCGCAUAAAAGACCCUCGGGAAGCGGCGGAGGACUUCCAACGUCGACGGUAGCGAACGGCGGAGGAAGAGGAGGUGGAGGCGGUCGCGGUCUGUUGCCACGCGGCAGACAGAUGCAGAAGACGUUCAACAACAUCAAAAUCACGAUCCUCUGCGGGUUCGUCACAAUCCUCGUCCUACGUGGCACAAUCGGCGUCGGGAACCUGGGAAGCUCGAGCGCCGACGCGGUCAACCAGAACAUCAUCGAGGAGACAAACCGGAUCCUAGCCGAGAUCCGAUCCGACUCCGAUCCCACCGAUUUAGACGAUCCUCACGAGACGGAGACGAUGAAUCUCAACGCGACGUACGCGCUGGGCCCUAAGAUCACGGGUUGGGAUAGUCAACGCAAGGUAUGGCUGAAUCAGAACCCGGAGUUUCCGAGCUCCGUCAAUGGCAGAGCUCGGAUCCUGCUCUUAACCGGAUCUCCCCCGAAGCCCUGCGAUAACCCGAUCGGCGACCAUUAUCUAUUGAAAUCGGUGAAGAACAAGAUCGAUUACUGUAGGCUUCACGGGAUUGAGAUUGUGUACAACAUGGCUCAUUUGGAUAAGGAGCUCGCUGGGUAUUGGGCGAAACUGCCGAUGAUUCGGAGAUUGCUUCUCUCACAUCCGGAGGUUGAGUGGAUCUGGUGGAUGGAUAGUGACGCUUUGUUCACUGACAUUCUCUUCCAGAUCCCUUUGGCGAGGUACGAGAAGCAUAAUCUGGUGAUUCACGGUUAUCCGGAUUUGUUGUUUGAUCAGAAGUCGUGGAUUGCGUUGAACACUGGGAGCUUCUUGCUGAGGAAUUGUCAGUGGUCGUUGGAUUUGUUGGACGCUUGGGCUCCGAUGGGGCCUAAAGGGCCGAUACGUGACGAGGCCGGGAAGGUUCUGACGGCGUAUCUUAAAGGAAGGCCGGCUUUUGAAGCGGAUGAUCAGUCUGCGUUGAUUUAUCUUCUGUUGUCGCAGAAGGACACGUGGAUGGAGAAGGUUUUUGUGGAGAAUCAGUAUUAUUUGCAUGGGUUUUGGGAAGGUUUGGUUGAUAGGUAUGAGGAGAUGGUGGAGAAGUAUCAUCCCGGUUUGGGUGAUGAGAGAUGGCCGUUUGUGACGCAUUUCGUUGGGUGUAAACCGUGUGGUAGUUAUGCUGAUUAUGCGGUUGAGAGGUGUUUGAAGAGUAUGGAGAGAGCGUUUAACUUUGCGGAUAAUCAGGUGCUUAAGCUGUAUGGGUUUGGUCAUAGAGGGUUGUUGAGUCCUAAGAUUAAGAGGAUCAGGAAUGAGACUGUGACUCCUUUGGAGUCUGUGGAUAAGUUUGAUAUUCGCAGAACGCCAGUGGAGUUUAAACCGCAAAACUAG